GUCAAACUUCAAUUUGUUUUGGGUUGUUUUGAAUUUGGAUUACUUUGAUAUUAUAAUAAACUUAUGAAUUAAAGAGAUUUAAGAACUAAUUAAUAGGUAGACAUCAGACAGCGAGAACGAUGUCAGAGUCUUCUAAAUCGAAGUCUUUAAAUUUGAAUCCUUCGCCUACACUACAAUGCAAAGAUCUUCACGAAUAUCUUAAGUCGCGGUCUCCGCAGUUUCUAGAGACUCUUUACAAUUACCCCACUAUAUGUCUAGCUGUAUAUCGCGAAUUACCAGAGCUAGCACGUCACUUCGUAAUCCGCUUGCUGUUCGUUGAGCAGCCAGUCCCACAGGCAGUUGUCACAUCCUGGGUCUCGCAGACAUAUGCCAAAGAACAAGCAAAAGCAUGCACUACACUGUCAGAGCUCUCCGUGUGGCAGGAGGCGCCCAUACCGGGGGGCAUGCCGGGCUGGAUGCUCGCACAGUCGUUUAAAAAGAACCUCAAAGUGUCAUUGCUUGGGGGAGGCAGGGCGUGGAGCAUGUCGUCGUCGCUGGAGCCGGACGGGAAGGCCCGGGACGUGUCGUUCCUGGACGCGUACGCGCUGGAGCGCUGGGAGUGCGUGCUGCACUACAUGGUGGGCAGCGCGCAGACCGAGGGCAUCAGCGCCGACGCCGUCCGCAUACUGCUGCACGCCGGCCUCAUGACCAGAGACGCAGAAGACGGGUCCGCCGUCAUCACUCGCGCCGGCUUCCAGUUUCUGCUCCUGAGUACACCCAAGCAGGUGUGGCUGUUCCUGCAGCACUACCUGCACACGGCCGAGCGCCGCAGCCUCAGCGCCGCCGAGUGCCUGGCCUUCCUCUACCAGCUCAGCUUCAGCACCCUGGGGAAGGACUACAGCACGGAGGGCAUGAGCAACAACAUGCUGGUGUUCCUGCAGCACCUGCGGGAGUUCGGUCUCGUCUACCAGAGGAAGCGCAAGGCGGGCCGCUUCUACCCCACCCGCCUCGCGCUCAACAUCCUGCGCGUGCGCUGCGCCGCGCCGCUCGAGGCCGCCGCCGGCGCGCGCGGACACCUCGUGCUGGAGACCAACUACCGCGUGUACGGCUACACCUCCUCCGACCUGCAGGUCGCGCUGCUCGGCCUCUUCACGGAGCUCAUCUACAGGUUCCCCAACGUGGUGGUGGGCGUGGUGAGCCGGGAGUCCGUCCGCCAGGCGCUGCGCGGCGGCAUCACGGCCGAGCAGAUCAUCCACUACCUGGAGCAGCACGCGCACCCGCAGAUGCUGAAGUCAGAGACGGGCGGCAUCCGGUCGGCGUCGAUGCUGCCUCCCACCGUGGUGGACCAGAUCCGCCUGUGGGAGUCCGAGAGGAACCGCUGCGUCUACACGGAGGGGGUCGUCUACAACCAGUUCCUGUCGCAGGCCGACUUCGUGGUGCUGCGGGACCACGCCCGCGCGGCCGGCGUGCUGAGCUGGCAGCACGAGCGCGCGCGGACCAUGGUGGUGACCCGGGCCGGGCACGACGACGUCAAGAAGUUCUGGAAGCGCUACUCCAAGAACAGCUAGUGUCGCCACCGGGCCGCAGCACGCGCCUGCUGUCACUUUUAGCAAAUAAAAUAGUUUCGGAAUAAAACGUACUUGAACAUAACGAACUAUUCUCCUGCCAACCCUUCAAUUGUAUUCUACAUAAGUAUAAUUGGUAUUAUAAAAAUAAAUAAGUUUUUUUUUAUUGUUUGCCUGAACAAUUUGAAACACUUUUAUGUCAAAAAGACAUGUCUGUUAAACAAACGUUUUUUAUUUAUUUUAUUUUUAUUGCCAGUGUAGGCAGAUGAGUGCAGUCCUGAUGGUGAG